AUGGAAGCUGCCCUGCCCAUCCUUGGGAACGUACACCAGCUGAUGUACAGUGGAGGCCUCGAUAGCUCCCCACAUCCGGCUGAGGGAAUUGGCCCAGAGAUACGGGCCCGUCAUGAGCCUGCAGCUCGGGGAGGUGGCCAACGUCGUCAUCUCCUCCCCAGAAGCCGCCAAACUGGUGCUGAAAACCCACGACCUGGUCUUCGCUACCAGGCCCAGUCUCCUGGUGGGGAUCGGAGCAUCAUCUUCUACGGCUGCAAGGGCAUCGGCUUCGCGCCUUACGGGAACUACUGGCGCCAGAUGCGUAAGAUGUGCAUCGUGGAGAUCCUCAGCGCCAGGCGCGUUUCUUCGUUCCGCUCCACCAGGGAAGAGGAGGUGCCCACUCUCGUCUCCCACAUUCGUGUCGCUGCAACUGCGUGUGGUGAGGAGGGCGUCGACCUCAGGGAUAUGCUUUUUUCGAUGACCAGCAACAUCACUUACAGGUACUUGGAUGCAUAG